AUGGAGUUUGCUCAGGAAUUCACAUCAUCAUUAAAUAAUGUGAAACGAAUGGGCCCAACAAGCUUUGUAUCAGAGAGAAUCUAUGUAUUAGAAGAAGGAGAAACAGUUUAUCAUCAGAAUGUAAAUUUCAAAACAGAUAAAUACGCCGUUGCUAAAAAUGGAGGAGCAAUAGUAAUGGCUCAUGAAACUAUGUUAAAUGAUGAUGGCUAUUAUAAACAAUUAAACGUCUAUGAUAGUUAUGCAAAUUUAAUCUGCGAAAUAUCACUUGAAAAAUUCCAAAAAAAGAUUACUGCGCUAUUUAUUACACAAGAGGAAGUUACUAUCGUUGUCUUUUCGGACGGAACUUUGGCUUCAUUUAAUUUAGGCGGAAAUUUACUUACAGAGAAUCAUCUUCCUGACACACAGUGGGGAAUGAUAGGUGCUGUUGAGUUUUGGCGCACAGGUUUCUUUAUUAAAACUAGCAAUAUGAUAUUCAUUGUAAGAGAUUUAGUUACAUUAAACGUAGAAGAGUUUUGUCAACACAAAUUAGUAUUCUCCUGUUUUGCAGCAGUACCAACAAAUAACGAUACAAGGAUAGGACCUCAGCUUUGGGCAGGAGAUGAUAAUGAUAACUUAGUUUUAAUACAAAAGGACUUAAUGCAAUUACAAGAGUUUCCGAAACCAAUUACAUGUCUUAAAUUUUCACCAGACUACCAGUUUUGCCUUGUUCAAUGCGAAGAAUAUUAUUAUAUUUUCGAUGACAAAUUGGAAGAAGUUAUCUAUGCAUCCGUAUUUGAUGACUUUAUACCAACCGAUAUAGCAUGGUGUGGGUCCGAUGCCAUAGCACUGUUUCAUUACAACACGGUUGUUUUUAUUGGAGCCACAACAGACUGUAUCAAGUGGGAAUUCGAUUACAUGAUUGGUUUCUCGCAGGAAUCCGAUGGAAUCAGAAUCUUUAUGAGCGAUGAAGUCCUAUUAAUAAGGGCAAUUACGGAUUUGGCUCUUCCUUUUGCCAUUUGGGAUAAGAGUAACGUUGCUGUUCAGCUUUUUACGAAGAUGCUUGAUAAAGAUGGCCUCGCAUUGAAAGAUCCUUUGCCAGAUUACACAAUGCAACAGGUUUUAGACGCUAUACAAGGUAUGUCUGCAGCAUCAAUCUUCUUUAGAAAGUUUGAGCUGAAGAAAGCCCUAUUAAUCGCUUUAAUUCGGACAAUUAUCGAAUUGCCAGCUCCGAAAUUCGACUAUUCAUCAGAUGAUGAGCUUCUCAUUCAAGCGAAGGACUUCUCAAUAAUCGAAAACCGAAUGGCCGCGCUCAGAAUCUGCGAACAAGUCGGUCGAAAUCCUUAUAAUAUUCCGAUUACAUACGAUGAGUUCCAAAAUAUCUCAGCGGAACGUCUUAUUAAGCGUUUAUGCAACAGGAAGAUGCAUUUCCGCGCAUUUAGAAUUGCAAAAUACAUUAAUGUAGAAACAGAUUUUAUUGUUUCGAACUGGGGAGUUCAAUUAAUCGAUUCCCAACCCGACGACAAUGUUGUUAUAUAG